AUGACCACGGAGUCGACAACUCCCGAUCUUUACACGCUCACAUUCGGUCGAGACAACCCGUCGAACACGACGAUCUACGACGCGUCCGGGCUUGCGCUGUACACCGUAGCGACAGAUCUCUCGAAUAUCAGCAAACCUGUUACGCGUCUGCACCGCGGCGAUGCGACGCUCGUCGCCGAAUGGACUUGGCGCGGCACUUUGCGGUCCGACUUGUUGACGUUUCCCGGCCGCCCAACGGCCCCCGCGAGUGAUUGGUUGAAGAAGAGCAAGAUGCCUUUCACGAGCACGGCAACUUUCACGGCUAAGGGCCGUGAGCUGAAGUGGGCGAAUAAUGCGCCUGGCCUUGCUCUACAGCUCUUCGCUCCCGAAUCGAAGUCGGAGCCCGUCGCACGGUACACCCGCCAGCACGCCGAUCGUUCAGCCGACGAUCCUACUACUGUCGUGCCUUCGAGAUUGCUGAUCAAGGGUAGUGUGCAAGACGUUCAGGACGAGAUCGUGGUGUCAUUCCUACUCUUGGAACGCAGAAGGCGAGAAAAGGAGAGCGAUGCCGUGUCGCGAGCCUCGGCCGUUGCCGUCGAUUCGUCCUUUGGACAACCUGUGUCCGCAGGAAGAAGUGCGGGAUCGGCCGGGUACGGAACACUCGCUGGAUGA